AUGCAUCAGUCACCCGGAGCCGGCUCUUUGGCAAGCCCAAGCGAGGACCUACUGAGGGCUGCCCAAGUCCUCAACUCUCUGCCCAACGUUCAAGAGUCUAUACUGGGGCUCCGAAACGCCUCUCAUGUGCAAGGCCCUGAGACUGGCAAUAUGGAUGCCAACAUACAUGCAAACCGAGUACUGGCCCCACUGCGCGCUCGCCAAUCUCAUGUCAACGACGACUUGCUGGACUCGUCCGACAGCGACGACUCCGACACAAAUAAUGAUCAACGUCAGGAUGGUCCCGCUGAAGGACGCAACGACGAUGGAAUCGGCCAGGUCGGUGCCUUGGUUCGUGAUUCAUAUGGCCGUCCCAGAAGCUGCAAAGAGCCUGCUGCCUGCUGGUUUGACAACAACCCCUUCAUCAACUGGGGCGAGCCAAAGUGUGCUGAGCACCGAUGA